ACAUUACACUCAUAAAAGCUUCUAACGGAGAGAAAGUGUACAAGUAAUGUGCCCGCUCUCAACCUUUAUCAAUCACUUAAUGUGAUUACCUUGAUUUGUUUAUAUAUUGCAAGAGUGAGAAUCGCAUCUCACAAUUCCACCCUUAAAAUCGAAGUGAGAACAUUCUGAGUGUGUGCAAAAAAAAAAGAGAGAACAUUCUGAGUGUAGUCUCCGAAAAUGGGUUUGAAAGAUACAAAGGAUGGUACUUCGUUGCCACGAUCGUCCCCUAGUUUCUCCAGAGCUACAAAACCGUCGCCUGAGAUGCAUGCUGUCAACUCGUACAAUCCUAAAAGUACGUCGGAUUCUUUUUCGGAUGGUGAGAAGGUUGAGAAAAAGCCUGGAGGCUGGAGAGCCGUCACGUUCAUUUUAGGAAAUGAAACGCUUGAGAGACUGGGAACGAUUGGGUUGUUGUCAAACUUCAUGGUGUAUCUAACCAGAGUGUUCCACUUAGAACAAGUCGACGCUUCAAAUGUCAUCAACAUUUGGUCAGGUUUCACCAAUCUCACUCCUCUCGUCGGCGCGUUUAUCUCAGACGCUUACGUCGGCCGUUUCAAAACCAUUGCUUUUGCCUCAUUCGCCACCCUCCUCGGACUAGUGACAUUGACACUCACAGCAUCGCUUCCUCAACUCCACCCAGCAACAUGCAACAGCAAAGAUCCAGUCAGUUGCGGCGGUCCGAACAAGCUUCAGUUCGGGAUUUUGCUAUUAGGUCUCGGUUUCCUCUCCAUAGGGAGUGGAGGAAUAAGACCAUGUAGCAUCCCUUUUGGUGUUGACCAGUUUGACCAACGAACCGAGGAAGGGAUUAAAGGAGUAGCAAGUUUCUUCAACUGGUAUUACAUGACUUUCACUAUAGUUCUGCUUAUUACACAGACCGUGGUCGUGUAUAUCCAAGACCAAGUCAGCUGGGUCAUCGGCUUUAGUGUACCCACUGGACUCAUGGCAUGUGCGGUUGUUAUGUUUUUCGCCGGAAUGAAGCUUUACGUAUACGUUAAACCUGAGGGAAGUAUAUUCUCUGGUAUAGCUCAAGUUGUUGUGGCAGCUCGUAAGAAGCGAAAGAUGAAACUCCCUGAGGAAGACGACGGCACUGUGACCUACUAUGACCCUCCUGUCAAAGAAAGCGUGUUAUCCAAGUUACACCAUAGUAACCAAUUCAGGUUUCUAGACAAAGCGGCGGUGAUAAUAGAAGGCGACCUAACACCCGAGGGAGUUCCGGCCAACAAGUGGCGGCUAUGCAGCAUUCAAGAAGUGGAGGAAGUAAAGUGUUUGAUCCGAAUAGUUCCUGUUUGGUCGGCCGGAAUAAUAUCACUCGCGGCAAUGUCACAGCAAGGAACGUUCACGGUCUCUCAAGCUUUGAAAAUGGACCGACAUAUGGGUCCUAACUUCGAGAUUCCGGCCGGUUCUCUCUCCGUCAUCUCUCUCCUCACCAUCGGCGUCUUUCUUCCCUUAUACGACCGUGUUUUAGUCCCGUUUCUCCGCCGCAUCACCGGCCAUAAAUCAGGUAUCACACUCCUCCAACGUAUCGGGACAGGCAUCGUUUUCGCUAUCCUUUCCAUGAUCGUUGCUGGGCUCGUGGAGCGCAAGAGACGCAUACGCUCCAUCAACGCCGGAGAUCCGACAGGUAUGACCCCGAUGUCAGUGUUUUGGCUCUCUCCUCAGCUAAUCCUGAUGGGACUAUGCGAAGCGUUUAACAUCAUCGGACAGAUUGAGUUCUUCAACAGUCAGUUUCCGGAGCACAUGAGAAGCAUUGCUAACUCCCUCUUCUCUUUGUCCUUCGCCGGUUCGAAUUACCUUAGCAGUUUGAUAGUGACGACGGUUCAUAGAUUCUCCGGUGGUCAUGACCGUCCUGAUUGGCUGAACAAAAAUCUCAACGCGGGAAAAUUGGAUUAUUUCUACUAUCUGAUCGCGGUUUUGGGUGUGUUUAAUCUGGUUUACUUUUGGUAUUGUGCUCGUGGAUACCGGUACAAGGUCGGUUUACAGAUGGGAGAUUUCGAGGAUAACAAGAGUUUCUCUGAUGUUGAGAUGAGUUCCAAAAAACAGCUGAAGUGAUUUAAUAAUGUCGCUGGGAACAAAAAGAAGAUGAUCGAUGUUGUUUUAUAAUUACUAUUAUGACAAUGUAUCUAUUAUGUAAUAUACAAGAACUAGAUUAUAUAAUCUAUUUUACCUUCUGUUUUUACCAGAUA